AUGUAUAAAAUGGAUUACUCCUACCUGAACUCAUAUGACUCGUGCAUGGCGGCCAUGGAGGCAUCGGCCUACGCGGACUUCAGCUCCUGCAGCCAGGCCAGCUCGUUCCAGUACAACCCGAUCCGGACCGGGUUCGGUGCCAACCCGGGCUGCGCGCCCCUCAGCACCGCGAACUGCACACUGGGGUCCCUGCGCGAGCACCAGCCCACACCCUAUUCCACAGUUCCAUAUAAGUUCUUCUCGGACCCUUCCGGUUUGAACGAGAAGCGGAAACAGCGGCGCAUAAGGACCACCUUCACGAGCUCACAGCUGAAGGAGCUGGAGCGCGUGUUCGCAGAGACCCACUAUCCCGACAUCUACACGCGCGAGGAGCUUGCACUCAAGAUCGACCUUACUGAGGCGCGGGUACAGGUAUGGUUCCAGAACCGGCGGGCUAAGUUCCGUAAGGUGGAGCGUGCGGCCAACUCUAAAUCUGGUAACGGGACCGGGGGCCCAGGAGGGAACAAUGGCUGUACCGGGGGUAAAAAGGGCGAGCCCAGAUCUUCCUCGGAUGACGACGAAUCAAAAGAGUCCACCUGCAGUCCCACCCCUGACAGCACCGCCUCGCUGCCCGGCUCAGCCAAUGGGAACAUGGGUAGCCCCGCCAGCCUCAGCCCCAGCCCCGCCCCUGCUAACAGUGGUUAUGCUAACACCUCCAGCUCCCCCGUUCUGCAGGGGCUCAAACCCCCUGGCUGGCCCAGUCUAGGCCCCAUUAACCCAGGAAUGGCCCAACACACAGCCCAGGCUCCAGAGCUGCUGAAGGCGUGGCAGCCGGCAGACAGUAUGACAGGGCCUUUCGCUGGCGUGCUCUCCUCCUUCCACCGGAAACCCAAUGCUCUCAAGACUAACCUGUACUAGAGACAAGGAGCAGAGAUCUCUAGUAUAACUACUGUAUAUCUAUACAGACUAACCUGUACUAGAGACAAGGAGCAGAGAUCUCUAGUAUAACUACUGUAUAUCUAUAUUCUCCUUCCCCCUCUAUCUACUGC